AUGCAUGAACAUUAAAAAGCUUGACAGACGAAAUUAAUUGAUAUAUAUCUUUGCGUACGUAGAAAAUCUCGGUACAAUGCUUUAUUGGUCAGCUGGACUUUCAGUCUGUUGAGUGGAGUUCGCCCAGUGGGAGACCAUAGAUAUGUGUUCUUAAUUUGAAUUUUUUCAUUCGGUCUGACGAAUAUGGAAAAUAAGGAAGUUAUUAGAAUUGUUCUACUGGUAGCGGUCCUAGCAACAGUUGUCAGUAAUGGAGAUCCCAUAGAUACAAUGUCCACACUAUCACCACUAUCUGACGCACCAUGCUCUUACCAGAGUAUCGGUGACUUUGACUUUCAGACGGUAGAUCUCAUAGCAGUGUACCGUCUGGACAGUCCAGAAACCACUGGCGUAACUCUAGUACAAGGGUCUCAGGACUUACAAACGGCGUUUCGGAUUGGCGAUGGAGCUAACCUGACUUUGCCGUUACGGACAGUGUUUCCAAACGGCCUACCAGAUUACUUCAGCAUCGUUGGCACAUUUAACGCUCACGGCCAACAUCGCCCGUGGAGUUUGAUACGAGCUCGGUCCCAGACGCUCCAGUUUUCCUUAACACUGCUGCCCAAUAUUCAAAAGUUUGCUGUAUACGUCCAGGGAUCCAGGGUUUUGUUCACUUCUCCUGAGCUCUUCAGUCCAGGCUGGCAUAAGAUACACGUGGCAAUCUCAAAUGACACGGUACAUGCAGCUGUCGAUUGCGUAGAGUUAGAGACGGAGAGCAUAGCGCAGCAUGACUUCAGGAACGCGUCCUCUAUCACCAUAGCUACCAACGACGAUGGCACUCCAGCGCCGAUAGACUUACAAUGGCUAUCUUUGAGCUGCAAUCGGUAUAACCUCACUGAAGAGAGCUGUGAAGAAAUUGAUACACCGCCUGAUUAUUUAAUUGCUACCAUUCCACCACCUCCACCGGUAACCCCUAAUGGGAGCCCUUUCAUGCCAUGCAACCAAACAUGUCCUCCAGGACCCGAAGGCCCUCCCGGACCAAAAGGAGAUAUUGGUCCUUUUGGGUACACGGGUAUACCGGGAGAAAGAGGAGUUCCAGGGCCGGUUGGUCCGGUGGGACCCAUAGGACUUAAAGGGGAGAAGGGGGAAAGAGGACUGCCAGGGAAUUCGGAUAAUGUAACUUUGGUAGCCGGUCCACCGGGGGAACAGGGCCGACGUGGUCUCAAAGGAGAUAAAGGGGAACCUGGACUUACAGGAGAGCCAGGUGAAACAGGGCUUGUUGGAUUGGCUGGCAUUCCUGGUGUGGAUGGAAAAGAUGGUCAGCCAGGUCCCGUUGGGCCUAUGGGGCCUCGCGGUGAGCCCGGUCCAAUGGGUCCGCCGGGACUACCCGCUGUCAACGUCCCUUUUACGCAUGGUGCGAAAGGUGAACGCGGUGCCCCUGGAAAACCGGGCCGUGAUGGGGAGCCGGGGCAAAUAGGACACCCGGGGAUGGCUGGACCCACUGGUGUGCCAGGUCUUCAGGGACCACCCGGUACGCCCGGCGUGCCAGGACAAAGGGGUCCAUCCGGCUUGCAGGGACCUCCAGGUGAAAGAGGCCCGGAAGGUCCGCAAGGUCCAGAAGGACGACAAGGGAUACCGGGGCCGCCUGGUCUCCCCGGCACAUCAGUCACAGCUCUACCCGGAAUUAGUGUACCUGGACCACCAGGCCCUCCAGGGGAAGCGGGUCCCAAAGGAGACCCUGGAAUGCCUGGUUUCCCCGGUAAAGAUGGCUUGGAUGGAGUACCGGGGCCACCUGGACAAAGAGGGUUACCUGGGUUGCCUGCACCAAGUAGUACGGUCAUUCAGAAUCCAUCGGUAACGGAAGGUGAUGUUAGAAAUAUUUGUGAAGACUUGAUCAGAGCACGUUUCCAAGAGUUAGCAGCGAACCUCAUUAUACCAACAAUAGCUCCGAGUGCCGGCAGAAGAGGACCCCCGGGACGUCCUGGACCUCCCGGGAACCCUGGGUUACCAGGCGAAUCGGGUUCGAUAGGGCCUCGAGGGUACCCUGGUGAGACUGGCGAGCCUGGCAGACCGGGAGCUAUAGGCCCCGCUGGAGAUAAGGGCGAUAAAGGCGAUCGAGGACCUGAUGGAGUCGGUCUCCCGGGACCUGAAGGCCCUGGUGGAUUACCAGGUCCAAUGGGUCCAGCCGGACCCGAAGGAAGAUCUGGUCCAAGAGGUGAUCCUGGUCGAAAUGGACAAGUUGGACCAAGAGGAGUACCUGGACCAAGAGGAACCUGUGAAUGCCCCACUGUUGGAUACCCUGGAGUGGGAUACUAUGCCUAUUCAGGCAAUAAUAAGGGGCCAUAGUCUGUCGAUACCUUUGCAAUCCAGCAGUUUAGUGCACUGAUUCUUUGUUUCCUUUCUCGAUUAAGUAAAUGUUCAUGUUUUAUUACCAAGUAGUUUAUGGAUUCCUAGGAUUGUAAAUAUUGUGGUCACAUUUUGUUUUAAAUUUAGGUUAAGAUGUCAAUAGAUCUGAAAAUGUAUUUUUAUGUGAUUGUACUUAAAUAAAUCUUCGUGGCCAAAAAAAUAAAGAGGCUUAAAAU